UUUCCAUUAUUUGUAUAUUCAUUUCUUUCCAUUUGGUUUCUUGUUGUUUCCUUUCAAUUUGGUUCUGGUUUCGGCAUUAACACAAGCACCCACCAUACUGUCUCAUGUUGCUACAUUUCAUUGUUGUUACCCUAAUAGCUUUCUCGUUGUGGCUCUCAAACUGAUUGUAAAGCGCUUUCCUUGCUUUCAAGAGCAAGUAUGAGGUGUUUUCAGAAAACCCACCUUACAGCUCCAAGUGUUGGAGCGUGUGUGCGCUUCUGCUGGGUUCUUUAAUUUGUUAAAACCCGGAAAAACUUCCUUGUAGAGGCUGUCAAUCUGAUAUUAGAAAAAAAAAAAACAGUUUUCUUAGUAUCAACGACAAAGGUUGUAUUUAGUUUCAGCUUUUGAGAGUAAGAAAGCACUUUGGAAAAGCGUAUUAAGAAGCUCUAAGUGUUUAAAUUUAUUCGUUUUUUAGGAAAAUGCUAAGUGAGAAUGAGUGCAAGUAGUUUAGUAGCAGAGGCGGUGUGGAAGGACAUCGAAUCUACUCGUGCAGUGACAGAUGAUCAACUCUCCAUCUUGCAUUUCUUGUUUGGUAAAAACUUUGAGCGAGCCACUAGAAUAGUGGAUCAAAGAGGCAUCAAGAGGAUUUCUGGUGAGCUUAGUGGGCGUUUCGUCUUUCAGGUUGUGGGAGAAUCACGGAGGAAGGAGGAAUAUUUCUGCUUUGCUGAAAACUAUUGUGCGUGUUACUCAUUCUUCUAUGACAUUGUAAAUAGAGGAGAACAACUUUGUUGUAAGCAUCAGUUAGCUGCGAGGCUAGCUUCAUCAUUGGGAGCUUGCGUUGAAGUUAAGGUGUCUGAUGAGCAACUAGCGCUAUUGCUGUCAAAACUCUGACAUCUCUCAGUAGAAGCCAAAUUUUGCAUUUGGUGUUGAAGUAGUGCGUGAGCAAAGUACAAGUUGAUGUGUUUACAAUGUAUAGCCAGAUUAUGAAAACUAUAUAAGCCACAUAUGCAUAAUGACUUCAUGGACAUAAUCAGAGGGAAACUUUUUUCAGAGAUAUAAUUUGGAGGGAACUUUCAUUUUCAUCCUGAUAUGGAUUCCAAUAAGCAGGGUCCAGGGAGCCCAACUCCGACCGUACUCGGCUUUUGCUGAAAACAGAGGCAUCAUUGUCUUGCCCAGCUCAUCCAACUUGUGUCAUUCAUCUGCUGCCGACAACUUGAAUGUAGCUGAAAAAACAUUCAAAGGCGUCCUUGUGUUAACAGUUUCCUAAUUCACUGUGUAUGCUUUGAACUGUUAUUGGGCUUUUUAUUAGUUUGCAUUUUAUUUGUUUUAUUGAUAAUUUUUCAUACUUGUACUAUUUUUAUUUUAGAUAUAUGUGUUUUUAGCAGGCCAUUAGCCCAAGUACUGUUUGUCUUUUCUUCUCUCUCGUAGCUUUUUUUCUUCCCUCCUCUUCUAUAUUUCUUCUCUCUAUCUUCAACUUUUCUUGUAAAUAUUGUGUUGUCCUGUAUCACAUUUGCUCCAUCGGCUCCUAAA